AUGCAACUAACAAUUAUUUCUGUAAUACUUGCUGUAGUUUAUGUUGGUUUUAUAUCAGCUCAAGUACCUAUUCCAUCACGUCCAGAUGGAUAUGGUGUUGGUGGACCAGCUGAUGCUCAUGUUGUUGUAGAAAUGUUUUUGGAUCCACUUUGUCCAGGUUGUAAAGCUUCUUGGCCAACUGUUUUACAAGUAAUUCAAGCAUAUGGCACACGAAUUCAUCUUCGAAUUCAUACAUUUCCACUUCCAUAUCAUACAAAUUCAUUUGUAGCUUCUCAAGGUUUACAUGUUGUUGCUAAUGUUACAAAUCGAAAUCUUGAUGCUAUUUUUCAAUAUACAACUAAAGUAUUCGAAAAUCAACAAAUGUGGUAUAAUGAUGCAACGAAAACAAUGACUAUGCCACAAGUUAUUGAUUCACUUGCUACAUUUAUUGAUAGUAUUGGUUUAGUAACAAAAGAUAAAUUUUUAGCAGGUAUGGCCAAUGAUGACAUCAAUGGUGAAACACGUAUUUCAUGGAAAUAUGCUUGUUCAAGAGGUGUUGCUGGUACUCCAACGUUUUUAAUUAAUGGUGUAACCACAAGUGCUAAUUCAGCUUGGUCACUUGAUGAUUGGAAAUCUGUUAUUGAUCCAAUAUUAGCAUCAAACAAAAAAGUUUCAUCGCAAAUUAAAGAUUGUCCACCAGAUCAAAAACAAUGUGCAUAUGCUCCACAUAAAACUCAAUGUUGUUUAGCCGGUGAACGUUGUAUUCCAAAUGUUGGUUGUCGUUGUUUUAAUUUUAAAAAUGGAAAUAAAUGUGUUUAA